AUGGAUACUAAUGGAAACCAUAAAACUGUGCCUGUUAGUACAAGAAACUUUCACAUUGGACAUCUUAUAGGUGAUGAAUCUUCAAUAGUUACAGUACACAUUAAUGGAGAGAAUGGGCUCAUUACUGCUCACAUAUCAACAGAUAAAGAGACAUUCUACAUUGAACCUGCACUACUUCACACUGGAGAGUCACAUGAUAGUCACAUGAUAGUCUAUAGACUGUCUGAUGUUAGGAGUAAUGGCAGUAUAAGUAUUGACUAUGAAACUGCUCCUUUACAAUCAAGGAUUUAUAAAGAAAGUGGCAGACACAAGUCUCAUCCAUUAAAGAAAAGGCAGUCCAGAGGUUCUGAUAGAAACACCUGUACACUAGCGCUAGUUGUGGAUUAUCGGUUCUACACCUUUUUACUGUCAUCUGAAAACAAUGUCAUAACUACACUAGUCAGUAGACUCUUUCAUAUUGACGAGAACUCCUUCAGACCCACCCACUGGAUCAUUGAUGCUAAUGGUAACAGUAUCACUAACCAAGGACUGCAAAUUGGGACAAUAUUGAUACACACUGGUCCAACUUCAGAUCCUUCACACUACAACAGUGAGGAGUCAGGCCAAGUUGAAGCUCAGGAUUUACUGAGAAGAUUCAGUAGAGGUGACUGGUCCAGUUACUGCUUGGCUCAUCUCUUUACUCAUCGCCAGUUUAGCUCCGGGAAACUCGGACUGGCUUAUAUCGCUAGCCCUGGGGUAGGAGAAACAGGUGGAAUAUGCUCACAGAGAGUCAUUGAUAGUUUCACUAAUGACAUAGUUAUAUACAACACUGGUGUUAGUGUGGCUAGUACUGGGAAGAGGCUGUUACUACCUCAUGAAUCAGAACUGGUCAUUGCACAUGAAAUUGGUCACAGUUGGGGUAGUCCCCAUGAUCCUGGUACUGACACUAACUGUCGGUUGAAGUAUUUAAUGAAUGAGUUUAUACAAGACAACAGUGAAGGGACCCACCAGAAAUUCUCUCCUUGCAGCAGGAUCAGUAUUGGUAGAGUAUUAGCUAACAAGGCUACCUGUUUUCAAGGUCGCUCAACUUCAAAUUGUGGUAAUUACAUGAUAGAUGAUGGUGAGGAGUGUGAUGGAGGUAGACUGACUGUCGAUGAUCAGGACAGCUGCUGUGCCUCUAACUUGAUGUCAACCAUUCCUGUUGUAAGGACUGUAAGGUUGCUCCUGCUAAUUCUAAGAUAUGUCACUACGUGGGGACCAUUUCAAAUGAUUGUACACGACAAACUUAUUGCAAUGGAUCUAGUUAUGUUUGUCCUCCUGCCUUACAAGUUACUGAAGGCACAGACUGUCUAA